GUCUCUUGAUUAGGUUAUUUCUGCUCGUAAAGGGGAAUUUGAAACUGGAUAUGAGAAGGGUGGGCAGACCCGUGAACAUGUCCAAUUGGCAAAGACGUUAGGUGUUGCAAAGCUACUUGUAGUAGUUAAUAAGAUGGAUGAGCACACUGUCAACUGGUCUAAAGAAAGGUAUGAUGAAAUUGAGUCAAAGAUGACACCUUUUCUGAAGUCUUCAGGCUACAAUGUGAAGAAAGAUGUUCAGUUCCUACCUAUAGCUGGUCUUGCUGGUUUAAACAUGAAAGCAAGAAUAGAUAAGAGCAUAUAUCCUUGGUGGAAUGGCCCCUGUCUAUUCGAAGCCCUUGAUCGUAUUGAAGUUCCUCUCAGAGAUCCCAAAGGUCCAUUUAGGUAUUCUUUAUAGCCUAUCUUCCAUGGCAGGGCU